AAAAAAUAGUCAGAGUGAGGCCUCUGCCAUGAGCCUGCGUCUCUGCAGCAGAGAGGAUCAGAUGAUGAGGAGAGGACAGACAGAGAGGCAGAGCGGAGAGUGGGCGGGGGAACAGAGGAAGGAGACAGAGUGGUGAGGAGAGGCAUCGUUUCACUGAUGCUGAGUCACAUAUCAGAGGGACCACAGCUGCAUCCCAUGAGUCUUUGGGAAUAAUGGAGGAGCUUGAACACACCUGCCCUCAUCCCCGAACGACUCUCACAGAGCCUGCCAUCUUUGCCAACGAGACCAGCUGUGACUGUCGCGCGCCUCAUGAGAAGCUCACCAUCGCUCAGGCCUGCAAAGGCACCCCAGUGGACCGGCCAGUCAGAGUCUACGCAGAUGGCAUCUUUGACCUAUUCCACUCUGGACACGCUCGUGCUCUCAUGCAGGCCAAGAAUCUCUUUCCAAACACCUACCUCAUAGUAGGAGUGUGCAGUGAUGAACUGACCCACAAGUACAAGGGCUUCACAGUCAUGACGGAGCACGAACGUUACGAGGCGCUGAGACACUGCCGCUAUGUCGAUGAGGUCUUGAGAGAUGCACCCUGGACUCUCACGCCUGAGUUCCUUGAGAAACACAAGAUCGAUUUUGUGGCUCAUGAUGAUAUUCCAUACUCCUCAGCAGGAAGUGAGGACGUUUACAAACACAUCAAGGAGGCAGGGAUGUUUGUACCCACGCAACGCACAGAAGGAAUCUCCACCUCUGACCUGAUUACGAGAAUUGUCAGAGACUAUGACGUCUACGCCCGACGCAACCUUCAACGUGGCUACACGGCCAAGGAGCUUAAUGUCAGCUACAUCAAUGAGAAGAAGUACCGGCUACAGAACCAAGUGGAUCGGAUGAAGGAGAAAGUUCGCACAGUCGAGGAAAAGAGCAAGCAUUUUGUUUACCGCGUGGAGGAGAAGAGUCACGACCUCAUUCAGAAAUGGGAAGAGAAAUCCAGAGAAUUCAUCGGAAACUUCCUAGAAUUAUUUGGACCUGAUGGGACAUGGAAGCAAGUGUUUCAGGAGCGCAGUGGUCGAAUGCUCUCCUACGCUCUGUCUCCCAGAGAGUCACCCAGCAAUAGCCCUCCCCGUGAACUUUCCCCCCUGCGCUCACCCUCUCCCCCGUCUCCCCCCGCCCGCUGGCACAACGCGCGGCCCUCGCCUCCCACCUCCCCAAAAGGAGCGUCUGCCUCUAUAAGCAGCAUGAGCGAAGGGGAUGAAGACGAGAAGUAGACGGUCACACCAACCCGCACACGCGCACACUCACACACAAACACACCUCACUCACAAACACAUGCACACACUCCUCCAAACACUGGCUGACAAACUGAAAAACAGUUACCCUCAAGGAUGUUGCAAAUAUGCAAUGCAGACAGUGAUCAUGGGGAAUGUAGUUCUGAGCUGCAGAGCUAAGAAGCCAUUACUGUCUCUGUUGUUUCUGGGCAACCAAGCAGACAGGAGGAAGAGGAAGGAAGAAGAGGAUGAGGACACAGUGUCAGAUUUUGUAAGGACAAAAAUCCCGUGCAGCAUCUUUGACUGUCCAGCACUGAUAGAGACUGUCAAACAGCUUGCUUAUAAUAUCAUCAUUUUGUUUUUUUGUCUUAUUAUGUGAGAUUAUCAUUUUCUCUUCAAGAUGCCUAGUUUUCUUGUAACCGGUGUGAUAGCUAUGAUUGAGUAGGCACAGACUUACAGAAACACCUCGUCUUACAUUCAGUUCUACAUAUCGUCUACACUGGAGCUGGUUUCAUUCAUUUUGUGUAAUUUUGUGCUAGUUAAACAGAAUUUAAACAACAGACCCCUGCGAACCCUAGAGUAGCUGAGGCGAUGCUUGGAUAACGCACGCCCUUGCUGUUUUAGACCGUAUUCACAAAAACGAUCACAUUGAAAUUCACUAAUCACAAGUUACUUCUAAGAUAUUCAUAUGAAAUUCUCUGCAGGAGCCCAGAAGAAGAACGUAUAUUGUCAAGUUUCUGAAAUGCAGAUAAUAUGUGCAAAAAAUCCUAAGCAAAACCCAUCAAGAUACAGGAAAAAAAAGACAUAAACACAACUUUUAAAGCUCACUUUUUUUCUUUUUUUUUUGAUGAUUGUAAAAGAGACACAAAAUCCAAUCCUUGAGGCUUCAUGCACCAAAUAGUUUGAUGAAAUAGAAAAAAUAGAGCCUUCGUUUAUUAACCUCUUGAAUGUAAAUUGCAUCUUUUAGACUCCACAAAGAGGUAAUGUUAUCACUCUCACAUCUAGCCAUAUAAAAGGUUGCGUCUCACCUGUUAAAGGAAGCACUUGUGGAUUUUCACCAUUAAAAAAAAAGCCAUGUAAUUUUUUAAGUAGUUUUUCAUGUUUAGCAGAGAUUUCUUUGGCUCUUUGGGAUCUGAUGUCAGCCGUCCACAAAAACCUGACAAACUCUGACGAUACUUGAAAUAUCUCAAAAAUAUUAAAGCUCUGUGGGUGAAUCAUCAGGCUUGAACAUAGCGCUGUUCUCGCUGCGAUGAUUAGAAAUGUACGUUGCUCACAUCUGAGCAGACCUCUCUUCCACCCCUACAACACAGUAAGUACCCUAUAAUGCAACGUAGAGAUCUUAAUGUCCUGUACACACUACAUGUUAAUCUGCACUAUAUGAACAAAAUUUGGGAAUGUGUGUCUUUUUUUUAUUAUUCAUUUUAAUGUUCAAAUGAAUCAAAAUGUGAAUAAAAGAAAAAAAAUGUAUAACAGAAUAUGAAGCAGACUUUUAGACUUUUUAAUUGAUGCUAAAAAGUUAAAGGUCAAUAGAGACUGGGGGGGAAAUGACUUUAGUUCAAUAGCUGUGCAAAUAAAGAGUUGAAGUAGUGGGAAAUGUGCAAAGAACUCUGUUAAACUCCAGUGACGGUCUGUGCGGUAUUUCCUACACUGUUACAGUGUAGUUUGAUAUUAAAAACAAUAUAAAACCCCAAUAGCACACAUAUAUGGAAACUGGUGUAGGUAGUGGUCAUGUGAAAAAGAAGGUAUGGCGUCUUUCACUUCUACGUUUUCAAAAUCAGGACAUAAAAAUAAUCCAAUCCUUAGCUGUUUUAAAAAAUUACGUGUGUGAAACAAGAUACAACCUAUUAGACUGUAUCAUUAUUUCCACCUUCCACAACAAUUAGAAGGAUAAGUAAGUGUGAAAGCAGAGGUUUCAGCAGUUUUUUAGGUCUGGAGUGGUUUUCUCUAUAUAAAGAACACAGCACAGCUCAGGCUUGCAAAGCUGCAUUUGAACAAACCACAAGACCUCUGGAUUUUUCCCAUAAUAAGCACAGAAACCCAAACACAGCUGUCAGCACGGUGGUGGUGGGGUAAUGAUUAGGCCUUAUUUUACAGCCACAGGACCUGGACACCUUCCAGUCACUAAGCAGACCAUGAAUUCAUCUGUAUACCAAAGUAUUAUAGAGUCAAAUGUGAGGUCACCUUUCAGUCAGUUAAAGCUGGACUCUAACUCGGUCAUGCUACAGGAUAACAAUCUCAAGCACAGCAGCAACAGAAUGGCUGAAAAAGAAAAGAAUAAGUCAAAGUCCAGAUCACAACCUGAUUGAAAUACUGUUGCAGGACCUCAAGAGUGCUGUACAUAAAGCAAUACCCACAAACCUUAAAUAAAUAAAACAGUGUUGUGUAAAAGAGUGGGAUAAAAUUCCUCCACACAAAAGGAAGAGACUGAUAAUUUACUUCAAGUCACUUGCUGCUAAAGGUAGUUUUUCAUACACUGCUUCUGUUUUUUGGUUCAUUUUUUGUUAAAUGACAACACUGAGUAAUAAAUCAUGUGUUACUGUUCA